AAAAAAAAAAGAGGAAAAAAAGGUUGCUUCAAGUUCCCAAUCAAGCUGCCCGCCUGCCGAUUAACUUGUACUUCCUACCUACCUAUGAGCCCUCCGCCUUCAUCGACCAGGAGCACCCACGUUGACGCCUCCGGUGCAACAAGACCGUCAAUUGCAACCUCGACUUCAGCCUUGGCAGCAGCAGCGUCCAGAAAUGCGAACCCUGCCGUCUCGGCGGCCCUGCAGGGCGCAACACUUGCUUUCAACAAGCAGAAGGCGGCCGCAGCGGUAGGCGGCAAUGGCAAUAGCAAUAGCAAUAGCAACGGCAGCAGCGCUGGCAGCCUUGGACUCGGUCCUGCUCCGUCCAGGCAGCCGAACCAGAACAAUGUCCACGCCAUCACUGCGGGCCAAGGAACCGGGCCAAACAACCGAUCUGGGACGGGCGUCUCGGCCGCAUCGGCGCAAAGGCCAGAGCCGCGAGGCGGGAGCGGCGCGCUGCUGGCCGCGACCCGGGCGGCGAGGGAUCAUGCUGCUGCUGCUGCUGCCACCACCGCCGUCACCCGGCCCAGACCCGUGGAUGAGCGCUCGCCGGGAUAUGCUGGCGGCGGCGUCGCCCGGCACGCGACCGGCGGGACGACCGUGAACACUAGCUUGAGCGGUGAUGGGGAAUCCAAGGAGGCCGCCGGGUCAGCACAUUGGUCGGGUACGGAACUGGAUGGGGGCGGACAUGCGCACGGCGGGUUGGUUGCCCAAAGGCUGCUGGAGCUGCACGCUGCCGGCGGCGGUACUGGAAGCCAUCGCAGCACGCUGCUCCCGCCGCCCGGCGGCCCUGACUGCCUGACCGGCAACCAGGCGUCGUCGCCAUCCUCGACGUCCCCGUCCUUCAUUGCGGCCACGCUGGCUGCGAGCAGGUCCGCUUCCCCUACCCGGGGUCCGAUCCCACAGCUCGAUCUGAAUGGUGGGAGGCCCACGCGGGCCAGAAGACAGAGUACGAGUAACGCAAGUGUCAGUGCGGGCUCGCUGAGCUCGAGUGUGAUGCCGGAGAGGGAUCUCCCUGACACGUCAUCCAUCCCACCAACUACCUCUCUGGUGUCACUCUUCGAGAGCAAAAGGGGGAAAGACGACGUGGAUCCGGUUAAGAAGAAGGCACCGUCGGUCAGGACGGAGAGCGGUGAUGUGAGGAGUCAGGCCGGGGGAGAAGAGGCACAGCAGGCACCUGGGAAAGCGAAGCCUAAACCAGUACCCAAGCCGAAGCCCGGGUUUUCGCCGGAUCAUGGGAGGAAGACGGGACUGGAUGGCAAUGCACGCGGAUCCGCCAGCGAUACAAGUCAGAGGGGCAAUACUACGGCACUGGAUGGCAGUGAUGAUAACAAGGGCCGCUCCGAUUUGAGACCACCUCGGAGCCCACCAGCGAGCCAGAGCGCCGGACACAAACCGAUCACGAAACCGAGCGCUUCAGCGUCACAGCGUCCCACGACACCACCGUCGUCCGCGCCUGACCGGGCCAUUUCGAACCGCACCAACCCGCAGACGAUGAAGCUCCUCGGGACACCACGCAUGGAGCCCCCUACUCCACCGGAGAGGGCUUCGGGCACCACCAUGAAGGGACCAGCCGUGCCAUGCACGCUAAGCACAUCACGAAACGACCGAGCUGACGCAGUACCUCACGAUUACCAAGACCUAACCCCAAAACCGCGGCAGCCAUCGCAGAGUUCGACGCCGUCCGACGACACGUUCGUAUCGGCUUCGUCCGUGCAAUUGCGGACCAUGCCUCCGGUCAACGCCGCGGACGAGACGGCGGUGCAACGACCCCCGGUACCAAGGCGCAGCCCAUCUCCCCGGUCAACCACGACACCCGAGUUCCAGCCACCUCUUUCCUCGGACACAUCAACCACGAACCUGACCCUCGGCUCCCUCACCAACGCAAUAGUGGCGAGCAAUAUUGCCUCAGCCCGCCUGACCCCGACAAGCAGCUCGCAGCCCCCUCCCGUGCCCGCGCCUCGCCGAUCCGGCCGCAGCAGCCCGCUCCGACCCCAUCACACGGCCGACAGCAUUCGCUCGCAGCUCGGGGGGGGAGGGAGCGGAAGCCGAUCUCCGAGCCGGCGCAACGCCCCGCAGCAGCAGCAACAACAGCCGCACAAGACGGGCGUGCUGCUCCAGACCCUUCGCAGCCUCCACACCUCCCUGUCGGACGACGAGGACGCCCGCAGGCACCAGCUGCACCACCAUCACCGGCGGCGCAACAAGGUCCUCGGGGGCGGCAACCGCAAGCACGCGCACCACGAGGGGUCCCGCCGGCGCUGGCGCGACGAGAUCACGCCGCGGGAGCGGCGGCGCUACGAGGCCGUGUGGGCCAGCAACAGGGGGCUGCUCCUCCGGCCCGGGUGGGCCGUGCAGUAUACCGCGGCGGACGGAGACGAGCCGGAGGGGGAAGGGAAAAGGGAAGCGGAGGCGGACUCGCAGGACGACGACAACAAUAACAACAAUAACAACAGCAGCAGCAACAACAUCUUGGACCAGAGCCGGGCGCCGCCGGGGCGUCCCGAGGCCGAGCUGGUGGUCAACGUGGUGGCGCGCGACAUCUGGAGCCGCAGCCGGCUGCCGGCCGACGAGCUCGCCGAGGUGUGGGACCUGGUCGACCGCGGCCGCCGCGGCGCCCUCGGCCGCGACGAGUUCGUCGUCGGCAUGUGGCUCAUCGACCAGCGCCUGCGCGGCCGCAAGAUCCCCGCCCGCGUCAGCCGGAGCGUCUGGGACAGCGUCGCCGGCGGCGCCGCCCUCGGCGUCGUCGUUCCCCUGCCGCCCAAGGUCCCGGCGGGGUCCAAGAAGACCGGACAGGGAUGGAAGGGGUGGUAGUAGGAAGGCUACAAAAUUGCCGACUCACCGGCCCAGCGAGAUCGGAACGGCGGAAACAGGGGGAAGGGGGGGAGGGGUCUAUCUGGAUGGCAUGCAGACGGGGCAUCCGUGCUCCCCAGGACGUCGGCUCUACUGCUUGGAUCGGGUUCUCGGAGGCAUGUUGCCUGCCGCUGGGGGAGUUCUCAUCCUGACCGCUUGGGAAACACAGGCGCUACUGGGUGAAACCUCGGUAUCAAUUAUUCCGUUGCUCAUCUCUGUCCCUGGUUGAUUUUGAUCUCUCUCUCUCUC